UAUACAGCGACGUAAAACUACACCGGCAUUUUCCUUGUUAGGGACAAGUUGAAAAAAAAAAAGUUUUCAACUACAAAUGUUGUUUUAGUUGUAAAAUAAAACAAAAUGAAAGGCAUUGCCCUACUCCACUUCGUGAACUUUUCAGUGGGAAUUUGAGAAGGCCUAAAUAAAUAAAAACAACACCCUAAAUUAAACAAGAUCACACGGAAGGAGCAGAAGCGAGAAGCAGUCGCAGCAGGAGAAAUACCAAACUGAACUUGAUUCAGAACUAGACAACUAAGGAUCAUGUGUUCUCCCAGCCACCCAAACUGGGUCACUUUUGAUGAUGACAAUGCUACCUUCCAGUCACCGCAAAAGCCUUUACGUUCUCUGAGCACCAGCGUUGGGAUCCCCAGGCCCAAUGGCUUAAAACUGAAUCUGCCUCCUCGAUAUGAACCUGCCAAAACAUCCCCAUCCACAAGCAACAGCCCUGUUGCAUCUCCUCUGAGGGACUUCAACGGGAGCCCCUGUGUGCCUAGCAAUACACCGCUGUGCACUCCUGUGAGAGAGGCUCCAGAGAGCCCUUGCAGUCCCUUAAUAGGUAUUUUUAGGUCCCUUUCAUCCCCCAACAGUAACCCGCUGGCUGUCAAUCCAUGCCACUGGCCAGAUCUCCACACAGUGGAUCUAGGGACUCUCUCUGCAGCUCGGAGUUUGUUUACUGCAGAGGAGGGGCUGAGUGAAUUCCGCCCGCUCCAUGAUGAUAGCGGCCACUCCAACCCAUUCUGGACAGCCAGGAAUCAGUCGGGCAGCUCCUCGUCAGAUUCCGAACCCAACUCUGCAGAAACCAGCUACGACCAUCCUCAUUUUUUUAUUAGAAAGGACAGGUAUGACCCCCCUGGAAGUCAUAUUCACCAGUCCUUCAGUUAUAUUUGUCAAAAGCUGGAAAGUUUCCAAUCCUGCGACGUAGAGGAGAGAGAUGGGUCAGCACCUGAGAAGCCCAUUCAUAGGCAGACCGGCGUACCCUCCUUCAUACCGCGCUGUCUUUUCCGAAGUCAGAACCGAGACGGCUGGCCCCUCAUGCUGAGGAUCCCUGAAAAGAAGAACCGCAUGUCAUCUCGCCAGUGGGGACCCAUCUACCUUAAACUCUUACCUGGUGGUGUUUUACAGAUGUACUAUGAGAAAGGCAUGGAAAAACCCUUUAAGGAAUUCCAGCUGCAUCCAUACUGCAGGCUCUCUGAACCCAAGCUGGAAAACUGCAACGAGCCUGGGAAAAUCCACACAGUGAAGAUCCAGCACGUUUCCUACACAGAGAAAAGGAAGUGCCACCCCAAGGGCCACGAGGCAGAAACGGAGCAGAUGCUGAAGCUGGGAACCACGGACUACAGUGACUUCACAGAUUUACUCUCGUCCAUCGAAGAGGAGCUCAUGAGACUCCCGCCUCACUCGCACCAGAAGAAGCACUACGAGGAGCAGUCACUGGGGCUGGAGAUUGUGGACAACUUUUGGGGAAGACUUGGCAAAGAUGGAAAGGUGGUUGAAAACGCAGUGGUAACCCACAUAUACUGUCUGUCCUUUGUCAAUGGUGGAGCAGAUUGCUUUUUAGCUCUAAAUGACCUCCAACUGCACAGAGGGAACCCGAGCUAUGCCGAGGAGAUGGACAAGGGCUGGAUAGAGAUCUCGGAGCACUAUUUUCACAAAUGUGUCAAAGAAAACGAGUUUCAGAAGUCGAGGCUCAUCAAAUUCAGCCCUCCCGAUGCCUGCCGGGUGGAGCUGAUGCGCUUCAAGACACUUUCAAUCGACACAGAGCUGCCUUUCUCCGUCAAGGCGGUGCUUACUGUGCAGGGAGCCUAUGUGGAAUUACAGGCUUUCUUAAACAUGUCCCCUGCCUUCACACACUCACCAUGUCAGGACUCUGCGCAGGUGUGUGAGAAUGUUCUUGUUCAGUUCCCGCUUCCCGGCGAAUGGAUCAAAGUCUGUCGCACUGUGAGUCUCCUCAGGCAGAAGUCGCUGAAGGCUAAAAUGAACAGAAACGCCUGCCUUGGAUCUGUCGCCACAGUCGAUUCAGAGCCUGUGAUGCAGGUCACUGUUGGGACAGUGAAGUACGAGAAUGCGUACGGAGCAAUAGUAUGGAGAAUCAGCCGACUUCCUGCCAAGAACACAGCUCCAGAUCAUCCUCUCUGCUUCUCUUGCAAACUCGAACUGGGGUCAGACCAAGAGAUUCCUUCUGACUGGCUGCCUUUUGUGACGAUGGAGUUCAUCGUGGCUGACACGGCCGCUUCCGGGACCCAAGUGAAGUCCCUGGGCACCGAGAGUGAUAUUCAGCCCCAGAAACACAUCGUCACCAAGGCACACUACCGCUGUCAGAUGGAAAUCGAGAGAAAGGUGAUAAGAAGUGAUGAUGAAGAUACAAGGAAGCACAGUGACUGUGUGACACAAUGAUUUACCAAGUGGGAAGAAAGCACAGACCUCUGUGGUAUGCAAGAAGCAGACAUCAGUGUUUCAGCAUUUGAGGAUUUCUGUUUGUGGCACAGUUUUACAAAGCUUUUACUGCAGUGCUAAAUUACUCCCAAUGCACCCUAGAGAUUUAGUGUAAUGAUUAUUAGGUCUAGACACAUUAUCACCUGCCUCUGUUUACCUGUGUUGAUCAAUUUAUCUCUUUGCUUGUUUAGUUGAGGAUGUACUCCUAUAUCAGUUAAAGUAGCUGUAGCUUCCUGAAAUCAAAUAACUUCCUUUGAUUUCUUUCCAGUUCUGUCCAGUGGACUAGUUGCAUACAGACAAUGUUACUACAGCACUAUAGUCCUGAUGGAUUUCCUCGGGUAACUUGCUGUACACAACUGUUUGUUUGUGACUAGCUACCAGGAAGUAAAGCUGUGGUGCUUUUUUUUUUAUCUGAAGUGUAGUGAACUUCUGUACUGCACAUGCAAAUUAAAAUAACUGUAUGCAAACGAGUACAUAAUUAAAAGGUGUUCAUCAUAAUGAAAAGAGGCCCAGUGAUAAAGUUAUUGAAGCUAGAAUUAAGAAAAUUGUUUUUAAAGUCUUGGCUAUAUAUCACUUCCUAAAGCACCAGUGGCCCACAGACCUCUUCUAUUCAAAACUAUUAAUCUGUGUAUUCUUUUCCAUAAUUACUUGUUUUUCUCAGCUUUAUUAUUUUUUUAUGAGUUUUAUGAUUUGAAAACCAGUCUCUUGGUAUGCUAAAUCAAUUCUGCAUAGUACAUGCAUAGUCUUCCGUAGUUCCCUACACGUAGUUUUAGCUGUAGGAACACAAGCUUCCCUCCCGAUAGCGUCUUGUAAUAUAACAUGUAACUCUGUGCUUUGUAAUAAAGAAGGUCUCGCUUGAGUACUCGAUGCAGUAGAGGUUUAUAAAGGGCAUAUUCAACCACUGCCCUACGUCAGGAUUUUACAGACUUAAAAAGCAAUAACACAUUUAGUAGUAGUUUUAUUUUCCUCUAUAUCAGAAAAAAAGUUGAUUCAGACAGUAUGUGCAAGGACAAAAAUAAUGUAACCAUAAUAUGUGCAAUACGUGUAGUUGUAGUUUUUCACCUCUGCAGUUUCUCAGAAUUUCCACUGUGAGGCACUCUAUACACCAUUGAGUGGGACAGUACAUGGUGUACCAGGCAGCCGCCCUCUUCUAACAGUGAGCAGUGAGUUUCUCACAGCUGUUAAUGGCAGGUCUUUUGAAGAAGGACAGCUUUAAACCAGACCCUUAAACUUGAGUCUGGUGAUUUCUGGGGGAAAUGUAUGAUGUCUUUGUAAGGUAAAGAACAUAUUAAUCCAACAGUUACAUCUUAAUAGUGCUGAGAUGAGUCUACAUUCUGUUGGGCGAUGAUCCAAAAUAAAAUGACUUAUGUGGCAAAUAACUGCCAUGAUGUUUGUAUUG